UAGGCAAAUUUCAUCAGUCAGCAUCUUGACGCCACGACAGACACUAGCAAACUAAAAAUUUGCCCAAGUUAUUAUUUUGAAAUUUUAUUUAUUGAUUGCAUCAUGUCCACAAGACAGGCUGCAAGAUCACGAAAUUUAAAAGGAAAAGAAGCUCUGUUGGAAUGGUGUAAGCAACAAACGUACGGUUACAAAGGCGUGAGCGUGCGUAAUUUAAACUCUUCGUGGAGGGAUGGCUUGGCAUUUUGCGCGCUCUUACACAGAUUCGAUCCCGAACUGAUCAAAUUUGACGACCUUUCUAAGGAGGACGCCUUGAAAAACAAUGAAUUGGCUUUCAAAGUGGCCGAGGAAAAACUCAAAGUUCCAGCUCUUUUGGAGGCAAGUGACCUGGUAUCAAUGGAAGAGAUUGACGAGAUGAGCGUAAUGACGUAUCUCUCCAUGCUGUACAAACGAAUUAAAAAAAAUUCCUCGCCUGCCCCCAGAACUCCCGCCGUCAAUUCUACUACAGUUCCAACAAGGAGAACCCUUUUUGACGUCUUGAAAGAUGAGAACAACUUCACCGAGCGUUUUGAGAAACGAAAACACCGUCUCAGUUCUGGAGAAAAAGACAACUUCUCUAACAGAUCAGUGCCAAAGGAAACUACCUUAAGAGAACUACACCAGGAAAACCACGUCUAAAUAGUAGAUGAAUACUGUCCCCCUUCAUUGGACUGGAAGACAGUUGAAAACAUCCAAAUUUUUUUUUUGCUAGUUUGUCUCAAAAUGACUGAAGUUGUAACGAAACGACCUUUCUGUCUGCCAUACGAUUCUUAUGAUGUUAGUUUGAAGUAAUUGGUAUUGGAUCAAUUGAUAAUGCCCUAAUUGAUAUUUUUCUUUAUUUCCGUUACUUAUCGGCUCGAUAUUAUAUCAGUAUUGUAAGGAGAAAUUCUAUCAUGGUCAUUCGUUGGAGCUUAAGAGUUAAAGGAGAUGUUAUCAGCUGAUAACGAUGAAAAUACUUAACAGGUGGACUUCACACAGAUUAUUAAUCACUAAAAUUGGCAACCAGCGGUAAAGGGCAACUGUAGUAUGAAUAGAGGUGUAACCUGGGAUCUUUGCAUUUUUUUCCUUCUCAUUCGUGUUACGCAUUUACCAUUUUAAUAUAUGAAAAUAAGAAAUUAUGAAGCCUGUGUACGGAUAUAUGGAGCACGCAUGAUACUGUUAAGUGGAGACAUAUGAAAAUUAAAAUUAUCUUUCAUGAAAUAUAAAAAUAUAAGAGAACUUGAAAUAAAAGUCGAUUCACGUC